AUUGAUUUUACGCACGAGGAACUAAGAUUAUGUGUUAUUUCUAAGGUAGGGAAUGGACAAAUAAUAGAAUAAUUGAAAAAUCAAAAUAGAAUUUAAAAAAAUCUUUGGUAUAAUAUUUUCUCAGUUACAUUUGCCAUUUAAAUGCAGAAAUUGUUAUACAUGUACAUUUUGUUGUAGUAAUUAUUGCAUAUAUAUGAAGAAAACGUGUAGUUGACAUAAAUUGUUCACUUUAAAAAAAUACUGGCAAGAAUACUGACCAAAACCACGGAAGCCGAUAGGUGCCAGGGUAUAGAAUUAAUAUUUAUUUAACUGGCGGCCGCCACUUAAUUUAUGUGGCGGUCGCCACUCAACUUGAAUAAUUUAUAUGGUUGUUACCAGUUAUUCAAUUCCUCUCUCUUUCUCUAUCUCUCUCUCAAAAUAAAAAGGGUGCAAUCCCUCCCCAAUGCUUAGUAAUAUGUAUGUGAUAUAUAUAUACAAUUAAGAGCAUUAAAUUAUUGUUUUUCGAUUGUACUGUUAAGUACGUAGAACCACGGGGCUGACCCUCCAUUUUUUGACAACGUUCAAUUUCUAUUAUUUUCACAUGCAAACUAAAUUAUUUUCACAUGUGAAAUAAGAUUAAUUGGCGGAUUGGCCCUCACCCCACUCUUUUUGGUGGUAGUAAUGAAUGGUAAAAAUGUAAUAAUGAAUGAACUGAUCAAUUGAAGGAUGAACGGAGCCCCCUCCCUCCAAUUUAGGAGUACGAAGUUUGGACAAAAGAGACAUUUUAGGUUCCUUUUCUGCUUGUCAACAAUUGUAGAAGACAAUUUCUCCUCCGACUGUCCCUAUACACUUUGAAACGAUGCUGCGUGUUUGCGUACUAUUCUAAAUCUUUCCAAAAAUCACUCAGCGAUACGAAUUACAUUGUUUUUGCAAUUGGCAGCCGCCAUAUAUAUAAAUUAAUUGGCGGCCGCCAGAUAAAAUAACUGGCGGCCGCCAGUUAAUUUAUAUGGCGGUCGCCAGAUAAUAAGUGGCGGCCGCCAGUUAAAUUAAGUGGCGGCCGCCACAUAAAUUAAAGGGCGACUGCCAGUUAAAUAAAUAUUAAUUCUAUACCCUGGCACCUAUCGGCUUCCGUACAAAACACCUCUCAUCCUGAGGAUGGUAUUUUUUAAAAUAGUUAUUUCCUCUUUAAUGUAAAACAUAUUUAUACGUCAUUAUUGAUACGAUAACCAUGCUAAUUAUAUGUAGUAUGUUUUGGUAGACGUGUGUAGUUUUUAGUAUUGAUUCAAAUGGAGUAGGUAUUCACAAUUGCAAGUGUAUAUUGUAUUAUUUUUUUUUAAAAAUACAUGAGGGUGUGCACUGUGACACUACACGCCAGCAUACUUCAUAAAUCGCGUUAACGCUUCGUGUAAACCACAGUAUGCAGGCGUGAAGCGUUGCUGUUCAUACCCUCACGUACUUUCAAAAAAUGAAAAUAAAAAAUAUUUACAUUCUACUAUCAUUUCUGUUGGAAUUCCCAGCCUUUAAAAUAGACAUACUAUAAUCAUCAAGAUUCAUGCGCGCGUUGUUCACAACUACAUGCACAUGUACAUCGCAUCCAUGAGGAAAUGGCUAUCAUUGCAAUUGGAUGUAAUGUAGACUAUCGGAAUCUUAACUUUCUGCAGUGUCAAUUAGAAUUUGUAAAUCAACGUAAACAUUUAGGCAUUAUUUUCUCUCAAGAUCGAAGUUCGUCACAUUGUAUCAGCUCAUUACUUGUCGAUGCCAACAAAAGCUGGGGAUUAUAAAAAAAAAAAUUCUAACUUAAUCGUAAAAUAUUAUCGCUGAUGUACAUUUCUUUUAUAAGGCAACAAUUAGAAUACGCCUCGGAAGUAUGGGGAGGAUGUAUAAAUCAAAACGAAUCUGAAAAUUUAGAAGCAUUUCAACUAAGGGCAGCAAGAAUAGUUCCAGGAUUAGCUUUAUUAGAAUCUCUUUAUUUGGAAACAGGUUGGGAACCGCUUCACAUUAGGAGAAAAACAACACGAUUAAAAACAAUGUGAAAGUGGACCAGAAUUUGACUCCAAAUUGUUCUAAAGACAUUUUCCCUGGUAAAACUACAAGUUUACUCCAAUGCAAGAAACACAUUGAAUUACAAUAUGCUCUAACUAGUAACACUGAAAACGAAUACAGUAAUUGUUUACUAUCAUACAAAAUUUUACCAGAGUGGUCGUUUUGAGUAAUUAGUAUAAUUAUGUUGGAUAUGUUAUUUGUUUUUCUUGAAGCGAUCAACAGGCACCAGAUUAGAUUGUGUGUACAUUUACUAUGACUGUUUUACCAUACAUACCAAAAGAGAUCGUUAUGUAUAUGAGAAAGAGCGUUCUAAGUUUAAGAACUUGUGCUCAAUUCAGUUACAAUAAAAUAUGUUUAAACCAUAACAAUGGAAAAAACAUCAAUGACAACAACAUUAGAAAUGUAAAUAUUCGGUAGUGAACCCGAUUGUUUUGCCCUAUAUGUGAGAGUCGGAGUGAUACAAAAUGGCUAGCAUGUAAACCGGGGGUAUAAUUGACGUCAUGACGUCAGUGAAAAAUUCAAGGACAGUGUGGUGAACUGGAUAUUGUAAGUAAAAGUAGAUUAAAAACAAGUAUCUACUGUGAAAGGCCAAUUUCCAUAUGACGGAAAUGUAGAAAAAUAUCCCAACAAGUUUGAUUAAUUGAUUGUAUAUUGUUUAACUUUUCUCUUGAUAAUGUUUCACUUAUAUGGAGACGUCACCAUUGUCGCUGACGGGCUGCAAAAUUUAGGCCUAGGCCCAGCGCUAACUAUGGCCUUUGAGGAAGGAGGGGUCUUUAUCGUGUCAUACCUGCUGUGACACGGGACGUCGAUAUUUUUCGGUCUCAACUGUCCCCUCAACUGUCUCUACGGGCCCCAUUUAGUCGUUCAACAAGUUUGACAUUUGGUCGAAUAUCAGCGAAGUGACAGUCAAAGAAUGCAGAACUCAGUCUGGUUUCAAGAGAAACGUUGACAUAUAAUUACAAGAACUUAAGAGUGAAACAUGAACAGGAAUCUGAAGAGUUUUUAGCAUUUCUUGACAGAACAAACAUUAAUUAAGAGAGAAUUUCAGAGUUAGGUUGUUUUUUAUAUAUCCCCGUCGGGAAAUUAAUAUUUCACUUAUAAUGAGACAUCACCAGCUGUAAGUGAAGUACCACACAUAUAGACCUAUGCUUAGCGUUUGGGGCCGAAGCAGUGAGGGCUCUUUAACGUGCCAACGUCUGUCGCAUCACGGGACCUCCGUUUCUAAGGUCUCGUGAAACAAACUCAGUGAAAAUGGGAGUACCGAUGUGUAAGCCACCACAACCACAUCAAACCAGCAGUCCAAUUCCCGAGGAGAACCAUGAAUCUGAAAACUGUCAGGACCCAGAAACACCUGGUCAUCAAUUAGAACAUAAUGGGUCUUCUAAAAGAUACUGCUGGAUACAUCCCUCAAAUGUCGAGGACUUGUUCUGUAAGGAAUGUCAGACACCCGUGUGUUCACAAUGUAUAACACAUAGGCAUCACUACAACCACCAUUUUCUAAACCUAAAACAAACGUUCAACGAAGUCUUGGAGAAAUGUCUUGAUGUCGUGUCCAUCCUUGAGAAUACCUGUAUUCCAACGUCCCAAAGAAAAAGUCUGGAGAUUAAAGAUAACGAAGACAUCAUGAAGAAAAAACUCAAGAAUGCGCGUUCUUCCAUGACAUCGUCUGCUAUAGCCAUUAAGCGGAUGGUAGACAACAUGCUGACGGAGGAGACGAAGAAAAUGGAUGAACUGGAGGCUUUGAUCACAGACGGAUUUCAAGACCAACAUAAAAUAAUGGAAGCGUAUCAAGCAGACCUUGAAAAAGCCCGCGAUGAAUACAAGUCUCAUAUGGAAUCAAAAGAACCAAGGAGUCUGAUUUCGUUUCACAAUAAGGGUAAGUUGACCCAGUUAGAGAACAUGCCGAAAUUGCCAAUUAUUCAAACCUUUGAAUUUACUCCAGGACUACUUGAAUCGAAUAAAAUCCAAAGCCUGUUUGGCGAACUAAAGGUUGUAGCGGGCGAUGAGUUGGAUGACAUAGAAGCUGAACUUCUUUCAAUAUUGCCAGAGGAUCCAGAAAUUAAUACUGAAGAAAAUGGGAGUCCAACAUUGACCAAAAUAAACGAGAUUCGUUUGGAUAAACUGGGUUUGAGUUGCUGCUAUCACAUCUCUCUCCUUUCUUCGAACCAUUUAUGGAUCAGCGAUGAUAUGGGGAACAUCGUCAAGUGUGAUCGACUGGGAAACGCACUUUUGAAGUUAACCACUCUCAAAGCCGUCGAUGGUUACCACAGCAUCUCCAGAAAGGGGGAACUACUCUAUGCUGAAAAGGACACAAACAGCAUCGUGAAAGUUACCCCUCAAAAUGGUAUCAAGUUCAUCAAUACAGAAAAAUGGAAACCGCUAAGCAUCCUCUGCUCAAAGAUGAAUGAUGACAUUAUAGUAGGAUUGCAAAAAGACAGGGAGGCGAAGUUGACGAAAUACGAUAAAUUUGGAGUGCAGUUAAGAGAUAUCGAGAAAAGCAAACAAGGAAGCAUGUUUCAAUGGCCACAUUAUCUCGCAGAAAACAAGAAUGGAGAUAUUUGCGUUUCGGAUUUUGGCAAGGAGGCUCUCGUUGUUGUUAGAACAACUGGUAACAUCCGCUGCAUAUACGAAGGAAUGCCACAUCAAACCGCCUUUCUACCGUACGGUGUUUGCACUGACAAUGCCGGGCACAUAUUCGUCACCAAUGGCGAUUCCUUUAACACAGAGAAUUCCAGUAUCCACAUUCUGGAUCAGAAUGGUCACUUGUUGUCUCUCCUUGCCUGUGCUCCCGAGAUGAAGUGUCCAGCUGGUAUCUGUGUGGACCAAAAUGGCAAAUUAUACUGUGGCAGUCAUUCCUCUUUGCCUAAAUCUAUCUGCAUGUAUCAGUACAAAGGAUGAACUUCAAGUCAAUUGAAAAGAAGACUUAGCUACGGCAGAAUCAUUAUGCCACACUUGAAAUCAAUCAAUCAGCGGUUUAAUUAACUUUGCAAGACCCGCAUUCACUCCCGAUGAUUGUUUUUCGUUAUUCCUUAUAUAUGAAUGUUAAAAUAUGGGUUUACUGUG